UUCUUGCGCCCGUGUGACAACAUUUAAACUUCUAAAAACGGAACCUCUUUUUUAGAAAAACAGCACUCUGCAAAUUAUUUGCUGGAAAAUCUCGAUGACUUAGGGCCCAUGUGUGACUUCGCAUGGGUCUCUCAUUCUAGUUUACUGGUGUAAAUUUUUUUUUAAAAUCCAUCUUAUCAAAAAAUACCGCUUAAGGUGGAAAAUUUCAAAUGCAAGUCGCCCUUGAUGAGAUUGCAAUUAAUAUAUUUAAGAUAGUGAGUUAGAGAAAAACUACAGAUUAGUGCAUAUUAUUAUUAUUUUUUUCAUAUUUUGGGGGGAUUAGAUUUUUAACGAUAACUUUGAAGUUAAAAAUUAAAAGGCUGGGCGCGGUGGCUCAGGCUGGUAAUUCCAGCACUCUGGGAGGCCGAAGGGGGAGGAUGGCUUGAGCCCAGAAAUUUGAGACCAAUCUGGGCAACAUAGCAAGACCCCCCGCCCUCCCAUAACUACAAACGGUACCAAAAAAAAAAAAAAAAGCCAGGCGUGGUGGCACGCACCUGAAGUCCCUGCUACUCGGGAAGUUGUGGGUGAAAGGAUCGCUUGGGCGCGGGAGUUUGGGGCUGCAGCGAGCUGUGACGCAGCCUGCAGUUGACAAAAAGUCAAACUCUGUAAAAUGUUUGAAGGGAUUUAUUCUGAGCCAAAUAUGAGUGACCAUGGCUGGUGACACAGCCUUUUGGAGACUCUGAGAACAUGUACCCAAGGUGGUCGGGGCCCGCUGUGGUUUUAUACAUUUUAGGGGAGCCAUGAGUCAUCAAAUACAUGUACGAUUAAGAUUUACAUUGGUUCGGUCCAUAACGGUGGGACCACUGAGGCGAUUGGUGGGGGGUCGGGGGCUUCCAGGUUAUAGGUAGAUGGAAAAUUUUCUGAUUGGCAUUUGGUUGAAAGAUUUAUCAUCAAUGGAAAGGAAUGUCUGGGUUACAGUAAGAGGCUGUGGAGACGGAAGUUUUAUCACGCAGAUGAAGCCUCCAGAUAAAUGAAUUCUGAUUUGGGGAAGCAGAUGCCAACUUAGAGCCUCGUACCAAUCUCUCUGUCUUUAAAAGAGGCACUCCAGCAGAGAACCCAGGCCCUUCACCACGCUGGUGCAUGGUUCCUGACACUUGUGCAGUCCGUUCCGAAGUUUCUUGCAGAGGAGGUGCCCGGCUAAAACCUGAAUGCCAUCACCCUACCCAGGGCUCUGCCGUUUUCUCAUGGUGAACCCUUGAUGGAUUUGUUGUUGCUUGAGAAAUGGCUAUGAUCGAAUUGGGAUUUGGAAGACAGAGUUUUCAUCCGUUAAAGAGGAAGAGUUUAUUGCUGUUGAAACUCAUAGCUGUUGUUUUUGCUGUGCUUCUCUUUUGUGAAUUUUUAAUCUAUUACUUAGCGAUCUUUCAGUGUAAUUGGCCUGAAGUGAACACCACAGCCUAUGAUGGCGAACAGGCCACACGUGAGCCUGUGCUCAGAGCCAUGUUUUUGGCUGACACCCAUUUGCUUGGGGAAUUCCUAGGCCACUGGCUGGACAAAUUACGAAGGGAAUGGCAGAUGGAGAGAGCCUUCCAGACAGCUCUGUGGUUGCUGCAGCCGGAAGUCGUCUUCAUCCUGGGGGAUGUCUUUGAUGAAGGGAAGUGGAGCACCCCUGAGGCCUGGGCGGAUGAUGUGCAGCGAUUUCAGAAAAUGUUCAGACACCCGAGUCAUGUACAGCUGAAGGUAGUUGCUGGAAACCAUGACAUUGGCUUCCAUUAUGAGAUGAACACAUACAAAGUGGAACGCUUCGAGAAAGUGUUCAGCUCUGAAAGACUGUUUUCUUGGAAAGGCAUUAACUUCGUGAUGGUCAACAGCGUGGCGCUGAACGGGGACGGCUGUGGCAUCUGCUCUGAAGCAGAAGCAGAGCUCAUUGAAGUUUCUCACAGACUGAACUGCUCCCGAGAGGCACGUGGCUCCCGCCGGUGUGGACCUGGGCCUCUGCUGCCCAUGUCUGCCCCCGUCCUCCUGCAGGUGAGCUGGGGGAGGAAGGGGUCAUGGCGGACAGCGGGCAGCCCGCAGUUUCACGACAGCCACCUGAGCUCCUCUCUCCACCCCGCACAGCAUUAUCCUCUGUAUCGGAGAAGUGAUGCUAACUGUUCUGGGGAAGAUGCUGCUCCUCCGGAGGAAAGGGACAUCCCAUUCAAGGAGAACUAUGACGUGCUUUCACGGGAGGCAUCACAAAAGCUCCUGUGGUGGCUCCAGCCGCGCCUGGUUCUCAGUGGCCACACGCACAGCGCCUGUGAGGUGCACCACGGGGGCCGAGUCCCCGAGCUCAGCGUCCCAUCUUUCAGUUGGAGGAACAGAAACAACCCCAGUUUCAUCAUGGGCAGCAUCACGCCCACAGACUACGCCCUCGCCAAGUGCUACCUCCCACGUGAGGACGUGGUUUUGGUCAUCUACUGCGGAGCGCCCAGGCAGACUUCGGCAGAGGCCCUGUGGAAGCUCGCCUUUUCCUUGGUGCCACGGGAAUCCCUGGGCCGCCACCUCAUCCCCUCCACUCCUUCUUUCUCGACAAGGCAUCCUGGGAAACAGGCUUCAGAGAGCUGCUCAGACCACGGAAAGGGUGUCCUGAAGAUGUCCUGAG